GUUUGUUGCGUCAAGUAAUCGGCGGUACAAACAAAGGAAGAAGAAGAAGAAGAAGAGAUCGAGCGAGGGCAAUCUCAUCUCCCCACCUCGCCGGAACGAGCAAGAGGAGCCUCCCAUGGAGAAGGCCAUCGAUCGCCAGCGCGUCCUCCUCGCCCACCUCCUCCCCUCCUCCUCCUCCUCCAACCAGCCUCUCCUAUCCGCGUCCGCGUGCGCGGCCGGGGACAGCGCCGCCUACCAGAGGACCUCCGCCUACGGAGACGACGUCGUCGUCGUCGCUGCCUACAGGACACCCAUAUGCAGGGCCAAGCGAGGUGGUUUCAAGGAUACGUACCCAGAGGACCUUCUUACUACUGUUCUUAAGGCUGUUCUGGACAACACUAGGAUCAACCCAGGUGAAAUUGGUGACAUUGUAGUUGGCUCAGUUUUAGGUCCAGGUUCUCAGCGUGCAGUCGAAUGCAGGGCGGCAGCUUUCUAUGCUGGAUUUCCCGAGACUGUUCCUGUUAGAACUGUGAACCGACAAUGUUCCUCUGGGUUACAGGCGGUAGCUGAUGUUGCUGCAGCCAUUAAGGCUGGGUUCUAUGACAUAGGGAUUGGUGCAGGCCUGGAAUCCAUGUCAGUAAAUUCUAUGGGUUGGGAAGGACAAGUAAACCCUAAAGUAAGUGAAGUCCAGAAAGCACAGGAUUGUCUUUUGCCCAUGGGAAUAACGUCUGAAAAUGUUGCGCAUCGAUUUGGUGUGACAAGACAAGAGCAGGAUCAGGCUGCUGCUGAAUCUCAUAGGAGGGCUGCUGCAGCCACAGCUGCUGGGAAAUUCAAAGAUGAGAUUGUUCCAGUGUCUACAAAGAUCGUUGACCCCAAGACUGGAGAGGAAAAGAAAGUUGUGAUAUCAGUUGAUGAUGGAAUUAGGCCAGGGACCACAGCAUCUGGAUUGGCAAAGCUUAAACCAGUUUUUCGGAAGGAUGGCAGCACAACUGCAGGCAACUCUAGUCAAGUGAGUGAUGGUGCUGGAGCUGUUCUUCUGAUGAGGAGGGAUGUAGCGAUGAAGAAGGGGCUUCCUAUACUUGGUGUUUUCAGGAGUUUUGCUGCUGUUGGAGUAGAUCCCGCUGUUAUGGGUAUUGGACCUGCGGUAGCAAUACCAGCUGCAGUGAAGUCAGCUGGCCUCCAGAUUGAGGACAUCGAUCUGUUUGAAUUGAAUGAGGCCUUCGCUUCCCAGUUUGUGUAUUGCUGCAACAAGCUAGGACUUGACCGGUCAAAAGUAAACGUGAACGGAGGCGCUAUCGCACUAGGACAUCCUCUUGGUGCUACAGGUGCCCGGUGCGUCGCAACUCUCCUGAAUGAAAUGAAGCGCCGGGGCAGAGACUGCAGAUUCGGUGUCGUCACCAUGUGCAUCGGAUCUGGCAUGGGGGCAGCAGCUGUGUUUGAGCGAGGUGACUCGGUCGACCAAUUCUCCAACGUGAGGCACAAUUAGUGGAGGCCUUGUAAGAAGGAACGCAAAGCAGAUCGUGGUCAAUCCACUGGAGCAUACUCUGGCAGUAAGAUCUAUACCAGAAACUAAAUGAAAAAAAAGGAACACACGUAAUCUUAUCCAAUGAGAGGUGUAACAGUAUAUUGGGAUCUUUUCAUGUAAGUUUCUGCACGAAGAACAAUAAUUUUAUACGAAUAAGGAGCUUGCAUGCUCAAUGUUUCUUUUGUUAAGCACCAGUAGUGGCCCGUAUGAAACAGGGUGAAGAGCUUGAAGGACCUGAAUACCUUUUUUUUUUUUUUUUCCUAAAGAGCGU